AUUAUUUAUUUCAUUUGUCUGUAAUUUCUUGUGAAUUUCCAAGUCGAAGGUCUAAUGUUCUUUCGUUUGUUCACAUGUGGUUCUUCCUCCUUUAUGUCUUCAACACCAGAAACUGAAAGCUUCAAAGCCAUGGAUUUGAGUCCUAAGAAGGGAAUCCAGAAGAAGAAAGCCACCCCGCCAGCGGAAGAUCUGCUUGUAAAAGGGAUGGAUCUCCUUCCAUCGGAAGUUACCAUCGAUAUUCUAUCGAGAUUACCCAUCACCUCCCUUACUCUGUUCAAGUUGACUUCCUCUUCCGGCGGUGCUUUGGUUGCCGAUCAGAGACUCCCGGCACUGUUCCUCAACCGGAUAAUUGACAGUGACCCAUGUCUGAUCAUGAUCAACCCCGAUUCAUCGGCCUCCAGACAACUAUACUUCGUGGACAGUGAUGGACGAGGAGGGUAUAUCAAUACUGCAAGAAAAAUCAAUCCUUUGAAGACAGUUUGCGGAUUCGAUUUGGUGGGUUGUUGUCAUGGAUUGUUAUGCAUAUCCAUUCCUAAGUAUUACCAUUCGACACAAGUUCAUGUUUUGCAGAUUUGCAAUCCUUUCGUUACGGUUUCGAAUUCAAUAGAGUUGCCUGUCCCAAAUCGGUUUGUGAACCAAAGGGAAAUCUUUGGAUUUGGGUUUCAUCCAAGGAGUAGAGAAUUCAAAGUCAUCAGGAUUGUGUUCUAUGAGCUGAUCAUGACAGGGCGAAGAGAAACAGUGACUGUCCACAAGUCGGAGGUCCAGGUGUUAACGGUUGGAACAACAGAAUGGAGGAAGAAGGGAGCUUCCCCGUAUAACUUUGAAUUAAAACCACCGGAGGCUCUGGUGGAAGGGUCUCUUCAUUGGGCGGUUCCAAACUUCAACAACCACCACCGCGUCAUCUCCUUUGAGCUGGCGGAGGAAGUUUUCAAGGAAAUCCCUUUGCCUGACUUUAUUGAAGAUUAUUAUUCUGGUUAUCAUCUUUCUGAACUUAACGGAUGUCUCACCGUUGCUGGAUUCAGCCAAGGCGGCCGACUGGACAUCUGGGUGAUGAAGGAGUACAAUGUGAAGGAAUCUUGGAAGAAAGAAUACUGUAUCAACCACUAUGUUGAUGGGCAGAAUGGAAUGGUGAAUGGAGAUUUUGCUUCGAACUGGAUGGGAAGAUUCGUAAGGGUUUUAUGUGUCCUGAAGAAUGGGGAGAUUGUGCUGGAAUGUAACAAGAGAGCCUUGGUUUCUUAUGAUCCUAAAACUGACAGGUUCAAGGCUCUAAAGAUCAACAGGCUCCCGCAGCAGUUCCAAGCUUUUGCUUUCCAUCCUACUCUGUUCUCAGUAAAGGAAACCGUUAAAAUGAAGGUUUAAUAUAAUCUUCACAACUCUUCCUUUGUGUAUGAAUAUUCAAUUUCCUCUGUUUUGCAGUUGCUUGAAGUUGUGAUUCACUCACACCAAACAGAAUACUGUCAGGUUUCAGUGUACAAUUUUGUUCUUGAGAAAUUGAUGAUUUAAGGAUGUAAUAUGUCAAAUAAGAGAAGGUUAUUACA